GCAGAGCUGGCAGAGGCCCAGCAGGAACUGGAAGCCCUCGUGGCGAAGCAUUCCAACGCCAAGGCUUGGAUUCAACAGAUCUACCACGGCCAUCUCAACCGGGAGAGCAUGGAGCGGGCAGUGCACUUGCGGGGUCAUCACAUCCCACACCUGGAGAUGCAGUCGGCUAAACUCGAGCAGCAGCUGGCCGAUCACCACGAGCGCUACGAGGCGCAGUGCCUCGCGCAGCAGCUCGAGGUGGAAACGCUGAAAAGGAGCUUGGCCUUGCGCACGACAAGGCUCCGGGCAAAAGAACAGGAAAGCGCCUGGCUCCAAAGACGUGCGGAGGCCCUGGAGCAGGAGUGGAGCCAUCUUCAGAGCCGAGCUGGCCAUCUCCAGAGCCCGCACUCUGCCUCGGCCCAGUCUCUGCAGUCCCAAGGCCAUCCUGAGAGUCCCGAGUCCUUUGCCUCGGCGACUCGAGUCGCUAAUGCCAUCCAGAAAAGCGGAGCUCGGCCCUGCUUGACGGAAGAAGUGCUUGAGUCAGAAGGAGUAGCGCCGUGCAUGAACUAUGGGCUUUCUAUUUGUUUAAUGUAA